AUGCCUGCCACUCAAGCCAUAACUGAGUUCUGUAAAGCUUCUGUUCAAAUUUCGAGUUUGAUUAGUCCGUUAAACACCCUCAAUGAAAGUGGUGUUCAAAACGUGAACGACCGAAUCAAUACACUUGUUGCCCUUUGCGAAAAAUUUGAUGACUCAAAUAAUAGUGUGAUUAAGGAUGAAUUUGACAGUAAAUUACUAUCUAAACUUGAAAAUACAGUAAUUAGCUUCUGGAAUACUUUAACUAUUGCUUGGAAGACCAUCGAGAAUAAUAAAUGUGUUACGAAAGAGCAUGAGGAUAUUAUAUUAAGAAACUCAAAGUUAGUACUUACGCUCAAUUGCAAAUAUCUGGUAUGUCAACUGUUAAAGAUACAUGAACUUUAUUCAAAGAGUCUAGAAAAUUACCUCAGAUCACUAAAUUGCCAAUUGAAGGCGUUUAAAUUAUGGAGUGAGAAUUGUUUACUUACGGAGGCAAACAGUAUUGGAACUAAAAUCGAACUUAUGAUACAAAAACAAUUCGAUCAUAUAACAAAAGUUGAUAUUAAUACUAUCUACAAUAUAGAUAGUAGCUCCAGUAACAAAAUGUUGUUUGAUAAAUACUACACUGAAUAUUAUAUUUGCUGCUUUCAAAUGGCUCUUAAAAAGGAGGACAUUGAACAAGCGCAUAAUUUUGAGGAAAAGGCAAAACUGGAGAAAACCUUAUGUGCAUUGGAUCCUGAUUUAGGUAUCGAAAUUUGCAGACAGUUUUUCAAUACAUGCUUAGAGGUAUUUGAACGCGAGGUCGACAAUGUUUUGCUAAUGAAUGACUUAUUACUAUUUAUACAAAGAUUGAAAAAGUAUCUCAGUAUUCCAGAUGCUAUGAUACAAAAUCAUCUGGAAUACUCUAAUUUGAAGUUCUCUACAGAUUACCUUCUAAUUAAAAUAACUAUUGAUAUUAGCAAAAAAAAAACAUACCUAGAAAGUGAGACACUAACAUAUUUAGAACAAUUUAAAGGUCAAUUUCCAGAGCGAAUUGAACCUUAUGCAGCAAUAAUUACAUAUUGUAAGGAUUUCGAUACAGAAAUGGGUUUUGAAAAAGUAGAGUCAACUAUCAUGGAAAUGAUUAUGACAGUAGAUGUGAAAACCAAUUUCGACAUGAUCAUUAGUUCUAUCGGCGAGUUUUCAAGGAAAAAUACCGUAUCAUCCAUGCUAUGUCUCGAUUAUUUAAUAUUUAAUAAAAUAAAUGCUAAAGAGGAUAGGAAUUAUUUUGAAAAGGCCAUUAUUGCUAGAUUUUAUCUCACUACCCAAUCCAAUAUCAUUAGCAGUGAAGUAAAAGCAACUGGUUUGUAUAAUUUCCUCAAUGAAGUCGAGAAAGUGAUAAUUCAUGAAUUUUCCAACAAGACUGUAGCAACAAUUAUUGCGUUAUUGUGGAAUGAAGCCAAGAAAUUAGAGAAGAACGAUUGUCUACAAGACUCAAUUUUGUACUAUAAGUUAGUUACAAAAGAUAUGCUCUGUCAAAACUACACUGAUUCAAUUAAAUUAUUCAGGGCAUUAGCCAACCUAUAUUUGAGGUUAGAUGACAUAACGGCCGCCGAAAAGCUACUGGCUAAAUUUUCAGACGAGAAUAAAAGAGAUUCCCUAACACAAUUAAUUUAUUUUAGAAUAUUCAGUAAACAAAGGAAAAUAGAUGAAGCUACCAAAAUACUUGAAACGAUAAGUAAACUUGAAGAUGACAAAGUGCCUAGUAUACUAAUGAUGGCCGUUACUGAAUGUAAAGAUAUACCGAGCUUAUCAUUAUCUGCAAUUCUUCUUUUGUACCAAAAUAUUAAACUUGACACAACGGAAAAUAAUAAAGACAAAAUAGAUACCUUGGUAGUACCUACCCUAGGCUUUACCAGAUAUACUAUUCAAUCAAUUUUGAAAAUAAACGAAUCCAAUUUUCCUCAAAGCAUUCUUUCCUACAUUAAUACAAUUGUACAAAUGGUACAAAAGUGCAAGCAGUUCCUGGAAAAGACCAGAAUUGCUAAAUUGCUAAAUGUUUCCAACGAGGAACAUAGUGAUACUAUUUUGAUAGACGAAAUUGAGUGGUUAUGUGCCACAUGCUAUAAUAUAACUAGUAAAUUAUUCGAAAAGAAAUGCGUCACAACUGAGUCGUUGUCUUUAUUGACAGAAGGACUUGAAAUUUUCCAAUAUAUCCCGAGUGAUGACUUAACAUUUCCAAAGAGAUUAUAUUAUUUGACAUGGAAAUUUAGAUGCCAGAUACUUCUAUUAUUAAUAUUGAAGGCCGAUCCUAAGCUUAACACACAAAAACUUGAUUUAGGUUCUCAGAGCAAGCUAAUUUUAGAUAAUAUAUUGGCUCUACUGGGUACCAAUGACUACCAAGAUUGUAAAAAAGAAAGCUUUGACGUACAGUUACAAGAGUGCAUUGUGUUAGUCUUGCAGCUCUAUUUCCAGGAAACAUUGAAUUUAGGUGGUAAGGAUGAACUGCUAUCUUUAGCUGCAAAACUGGAUAGCUCACUUAGCACCUCUGUUGACCAAAUUUUGGUAGAGGCGGUUAUUAAAACAAGAAAUAUACCUCCUAGGACUUUUACCACUAUUCUCACUAUGAUUAUAGAUAGAAACAUAAACAACUCAAAGUUAAGAGACGUACACAUUUGCUAUUGGAUUAGAAGUUUGUUUGAAUACCAAAUGAGCCUAAAUGAAAGUAUAUCCUUUAGUUUCAUCAAUAGUUUACUAACUAGAAUUGAAUCGAACAAACAACACAAAUAUGAAACUAGUGAAAUCAUGCUGCAAGAUCUCGAAGCCAUUACAACAUGCUGUUGGAAUUAUGGAAUAAACCAACUGCUGAACAAAAAUUAUACAGAUGGAGAAAAGUGGUGCCAGGUAGCAAUCAGAGUUUCAAGUUUGGUUAAUCAAAACUUAGUGUUACAAUUACGUCAAUUAUGGGAACAACUGUUAAGCUGCAGCAAGAUGAAGUAA